UAUUAUCAUCUUUAGAAUAUACAAGUGUUUAAGUUGUUUUACAAAGAAAAAAAAUACAUAACAAUGAGCUCUGAUGGUCCAGUUAAUGUGCGUGUGAGCGCAAACAAGCGAAAGUAUGCAUAUGCUGACUUUACUAAGCAUCGUCUUCACGAAGGAGUAAACGAAAUUUUAAUUUCUGGCCUCGGAUCCGCCAUUGCAGAUGCUGUUUCCGUCACAGAGCUUCUCAAGAACCAAGGCCUUGUGGUGGUCAAAAAAAUUCAUACUUCACGUGGUGGAGUUGAAGCUGCGAGAGUAAAUUAUGUUGACAAGAUUGAAAUCGUUGUUGGUAAAUCUCCUAAUUUUGAUUCUAUCUAUAAGGAGCAGCAGCAGGCUCGCGAGGCUGCUGCGGCUGCAAAAAAGCAAUAA